AUGGCACUCGAAUCCGAAUCAAUCAACUUCUUGGUCUACAGAGAAGUAUCGUUUCAUCCAAAACAAAAAACAUAUGGUCUUGUUGUCUUUCAAGUCGAUAAAAAAACACAAGAAUCAAUGGUUGGAAAUCUCCCAGUUAAAAUUUAUGCAACUCAAUCUGAGAUUCUGGUAGUAACAAAAGAACUAUUCAUUUCUUUUGAUAAUAAACCCUCGUACGAUAUAACGUUAUAUCCUCUAGAAGGUAUAAUUAUUGGUGGAUUUGAUAUAAAAGUAACAUUGAAUAACAAAUUACCACUAAAUGAUAUAAAGGUUUUCAUUGGUGAUAAAGAGUGUAUCAUCAAAGAUACAGAAGCAAUAGGAGGCGUUUUCGAUUGCAAUGUCCAAUCAUCUGGACGUCCAACCACUUCAUUGGAACCAGUUUCAUUUAAAAUUGGAACAACUUUGUACAAAACAAAAUUGAUGUUCCAAUUCAACCUACCUCAAAUUACAAGCUUCCAAAUAUCAGGAGAAACGUUAACAAAUCCAACAAUUCCAACAAAUAGUGACAAGAUAGAGAUAGAUAUUCAUGGAACUUAUCUUGAAAAAGCGACAGAAGUUAAAAUAAUGGGAGGACCCUCCCCAAUUAUUUGCUCUUCCCCACAUUUUACAACCAAGGUCAUCCACUGUACUCUUCCUCCACUUUCAUCCCGAUUCCACCUUACACUCUCAGUUUGGUUUUCAAAAUUCCAAACAAAUGAAAUCGAUUUGCCUAUAAGUGGACCAUACAUCACAAGUAUCAUGCCAAAUCAUGGUCCAAAAAAAAAAAAAGUUAUCGAGGUCACCAUUACAGGAGGAAAAUUUGAUCCAAAAACGGUAAAAGUUUUAAUUGGAGAAGUCGAGUGCCCUAUUAUACGUGAUCCAUUGGAUACACCAGGUAAAAUCUAUUGCAAAAGAGUACCGGUCGAGAAAAGUGGAAAGGUGAUUGUUCACUUGCAUGAUACGUACUCGAAAAGAGAAUCAAUAGAUGGUGUCGAAUUUACUCAUGUUGGACUAACCUGUUAUGGACAACCAAAGGACUCAAAAACUAUGGGCCAAAAUGAUGAUGUAGACUGGUGGUUAGUAAAAAAGAUGAACAAAAAAGAAAUAGGAUUCAGACAAUAUAAAGAUUAUGGGUAUAUGUUUUUUAAUGACCAACCAUUCAAAAAUGAAGAACUAGGCAAUAAAAAAAAACCAGGCAAAAAAAAAGGAGAUGAUGAGGAGGAGAUGGAAACUAAAAUAAAAAAUUAUCAUACUCCGUAUGGCCACGUAAAAGGAAUAUUAAUGUGGGAGCCUGACCCUGAGGACGAAAAUCUCAUUCUUGGGGGUAUUCAUAUUUCGCAUUCUCAAUCAUAUUUUCCGAAUGCAAUGUUUAAAAACAUUAAACAAGCUGACCAAAUGGUUGAUUCAUACGUUGAUCCACCGGAAUCCAUAGAUGAUCCAAUAGAUGAAACACUUGGAUCAUGGUUUGGAAAAGCUCCUUCUGGAAUUGGGAAUCACUUUUUUUGCUACAAGUUUACAAACAUAGAACCGGUUGCAGAUUACUUCCUUAAAUCAUAUGCGUAUGUCAUGCCAUAUCCAGGUGGUAAUCCAAAAGACUAUGCACCCCGUAUCAAAAAAGAAAUGAAAUAUCAAAAUUUAGUAGAUUUAGGUACUGUAGUUACAUUAAGAUCAAAAUAUCGAUAUGGAGAAACAAGAAUGAAGAAAAUCAGAGAUGAUUGUUUAGCAAAUGUACAUAAAUUUAAUCUUGAAAAUAUUUGUUAUUGGAUAUACGUUCCUCCUACAGACAAACCAACUGGUUUCAAAGUUCAAUAUAUUAUAAAAGUUGAUCAAGAUAUCAAAAAAAAUCAAAAACAAAAACAACAAUCAACACAAUUGUCAAUUCCAACAACCGAAUACAAAUAUCGAAUUGUAAAAAUUGAGAAAAAGGGAAAAAUGAUUGCAAACGACGGAUUGGAUAUUUAUGACAUCGCAGCCAACCACUUCAAAUAUAGUCUUUUUGCGCAUACUUGGACGAACAUGCAAUCAAAAUCAUUUGUGCACACAACUGCCAUCGCCAAUGUAGAAAUUAGUUGUAUGUCAAACAAUAACAAUUUCAUAUUACAAAAAUUUCAUUCUAUUAAUCGCUUGUUUUUUAUAGACGUUAGAGGAGAAGAAAAGGUCCAUUCCUCACUUACUAGAUCAAAUGAUCAUAGUAAAAUGGCCUACCCAUUGUUCCCUCAAGAACAUACGAAUAACAAAAUUGUAUGCGUUGGUGAUUUAAAUCGUCACGGUGGACAAGGUGCAAGAGGAGGAGGACUUGUGUGCUUUGAAAAUAUUGAUUUGGCUUACCAGCUAAAUAGACUAGUAGGUGGGUACUCUUCUGUCCGAUCAUAUCAAACCAUCAAAGAUCAAACCCCAGUAGUUACUGAAAACCAAGAUUAUAGUUUUUUUGUCAAUGGCUUUCAUGUAUUAAACAAGAAUCCUCUUCGUUUAGAAAUGGGAGUUUAUCAGCAGUUUGUUGGUGGCCAACUACUUAUGGACCCAAAUGGUACUUCCUUUGACUAUGUUGGGCAAGAAAUUCAUACAACUGGAGAACCUCUUUUCCCAAAACAUCUGUGGGCGGUUAAAUCUCAAGACACAAUGUUCCUUUGUCACAUUGGGUACGAUGACAGUUCAAUAAUUUGUCCAUUGACUAAUUGUGGCAAGAAGGAACAAGCAAUCCGUUCACCAACCCCUUUUAAAUCCCUUCCAUCAAAAUCUCCAACACGGGAAUAUUCAGACUCUGACCAGUUUGGGGAGCCAGUUACCAAACAAUUUUUCAUGGAAACCAACAACUCCUUUAAAACUCUUAGACUCGUCAAAUAUUUUAAAGAUUUAAUCAAAAACCUCGUGGAUAUUAAUCUAAUCAAAGAUAGAUUCAUUUUCAUUAUUCUUGGAACAAAAUCAAAAUAUGACCCGAUCGAGAAGCGUAUUAUUUUAAGCAAUAUAAAGACCCAACAGGAUCCUCUUCCAAUUUAUUGCCAGGAGCAACUAAGUUAUCUUCUGACACUAAAUAUCGCUGACAGAAAGAAAUCAAAGCAUCUGUUUGAAAACGAUUGGGCAAACUCUGUGGCCAUUGCCAUCUCCCUCCAUAUUUCCAAGAAAUUUAAUAAAGAUAAUGGUCCUCCUCUGCUCACUCUUCCAACAUGCUUCAAUCAAAUCGAUAUAGUAUCUAAAGAAAAAGAAAUUCUUGCAGUGUUAGGUUUAAAGGACCAAAACAAGCAAUUUCCCUACGAGAAACUAUUUUCUAUACUAUUAUCGACCGAUUCGGGAGAGAUUGGAUCUCUGGGACAAUUCUACAAUGAAAAACUCAAAGAAUUUAAAUCAGAAGGCAAUGACAAGUGGUUGGAAGAAAUGGAAGUGCUACCCCAUAAAACACUAGAGGAUAAAACUCCACCUGUUUUAGCAAAAUCGCAAAGAAUCCCAAUAUCUACCCAAGAUCAAACCAGCCCUAUUGACCAACUCAUAGGACGUGUAUCCCAACUUGCAUUCGAUAUGGAUCAAGUACUGGAACUCUCAGACACUGACAUGGACUCUUUAUCAAACUCACUCGAUAAAUGGAUUAAUAUUGGUCCAACCAAUCUAGGCAUCAAAGUUUUACUUUUGGACCCUCAAAAACAAACCAAUAAUCAAGCGAUUAAAUUUAUCGACGAGAUCCCUGAAAUCACAGAACCAAGGGUGGAAUUAUGCUAUCAAGAGCUGGACGACUCUGAAGUCAGAAUCGAAGUUUGCACACCAAAAUCAAUCAUUCUAAUGACAGAUAUCUUGGAAAGCUUCAAAUUCUCCCCUUCAACUUUAUUCAAAAAGAUGGGGGACUUGGAAUUUCAUUUUGUUUCAAAGCCGGCCAAUUACGAUGGUUAUAUACAAGACAAAGAUGUUGAUGGUUUGAUAAUAGCCUCUAUCAACUCAAAACUUUGUGAUCUUUCAAUGACCUCUUUGGAUGACUUUGGUGGUGACAUGCAAACAUUGUGUCCUCAAUCAGGCCCAAUCAUUGUGUCUGUCUCUGCUGAACAUGGCCCAACAGGCGGAGGAGUAGAGUUGGAAUUGAGAGGAACAAGAUUCACUGAAGAUUUGCAGGUUGUGGUAGGAUACGAAAAGUGUACAACCACCACCUUCCACUCUCAAUCGUCUAUCAGUUGUAUAGUGCCUCCAAAUGUUGGAUCAAAACAUUUAAUUCAAUUCCAAGAUGUAGAAAUUGUUCAAAAAUCACAAUUUUACUACUCCUAUGACAACCCAGUCAUAUCCUCGGUGCAAGUGGCUACCACCAUUUCAGACCGAGUCACUGAAAUUAUUAUCCAAGGCAAUAAUUUUGGAAGACUUGGAACAAACGAUUUGGAGGUAUAUGUAGAUUCUACAGAAUGUGCAACUAUUGAACAUUUAGAUACCUUGGUAAAAUGUCAUAUACAAAGUGGUUUUGGACAACUCAAUUUGGUCAACAUUACCAUAAACCGUCUUACAUCAACCACAUUCCACCUCAACACCAUCUCCAACUCUCAAUUCUCCUUCCCAGUGCCACCAACAAUAGAAAGCAUCUCCCAAUCAUCAGGUCGAUAUGGAGACAUAAUAACGAUUUAUGGCAACUUUUAUAAUGACGAAUCCCAAAACUUCACAGUCUAUUUUGGUGACACUCCGGUAAUAGGAGAAAGGGAUGAUGGAUCACACAUACAAGCAAGAGUUCCAAGAGGAAAUACCCAUUCAUCAAAGGACGUUCGUGUCACUUGGGAAGGAAUUUAUUCAAGUGAAACAGUACCAUUUAAAUAUGAUGAAGCUUAUAUUUUCUCAUUUUCUUUGGAAACAUUCAAUACUAUUGGAGGUAUGAUUCAAAUCUUUGGAAAUGGUUGGGGUAUGUCAGACAAGGAAGUUGCAAUUGAUUUUGUCAAGAUGGAUGAAACCUUGCUCAAAUGCAGACCACUCAGCACAUUGAUCGAAUGUGUUGUUCCUCGUGGUAUAGGUACAUACAAAGAGAUCAAGGCACAGAUUGGAGGUGAACCUGUAUUUUCGUUCUUUUCACCUUUGAUUUCCUACAAACAUCCAAUCAUUCUUGGUAUGGAGAAUCUGCCACCCGGCGGGAAGAUCAAAAUCAAAGGAGAAAACUUUGUUCCAAAAGGUGUGCAAUAUGAUCCUCAAACAACCAACAUUCGAAUAUAUGACUCCAACAAUGACCCAAUCAACUGUACAACAUCCUCCUUUGUCGACCAAAACACCAUUUUUUGUGAACACAAACUACCUGCAUUUUAUUCCUUUGUCGAAAGUGGUGUCGUAUCAAUUGGCGGUCAAUCAUCAGAAUUGUAUACCCAUUCAUAUGACUGUAAUGGAACCAUAUCGAAUGGACAACAGACCUUGGGUAUUCGAUAUGGGUAUAUCGAUCUCGACAACUACGACUGGUGUACAACCAGUCAAUGCAUGUCAAAGUAUCGAAUUACCCUUCCAGACACGUGUUCGUAUUCGGUUGUUGGAUCAUCCAUCAAAGUACAAUACAAAUACUCUAUCACCUUGGAUACUUUUGUCGACGUUGAUCUGGAUUUAAUCAAAACCCCACUCGACCUAGAGACUGAAGACUUGGUGGUUACAAUAACAAGUCAGGAUUUACAUUUCCUUGGAAAAACCGUUACAAGGAGAAUUAGAAACGAGCCAAUCGAUUGCCCACCAUUCUCCAUGGUCCGCAUCAAAAGCUUGGACCUAGACUUGGUUUCUGUAUUUAACGAUUUUACCGUUUCUUUUGCCCCCAAUCAAACCACAAAGUCAAUAUCCAUUCCAUUGUAUCAACUCAGUGUCUAUGGAACAAUGAAAGCCACCAUUUUCAACAAAACAGGACAGUCUGGAGGCACAAUCACCCUCCCUGUUGGUAGAUUUAACAUGCCGUACGGUUCAAACAAUACCGCCAGCUCCAUACACAUAAGUGACCUCAGAUUAUCUGUCGCUUUGAUAGAUCAAUCAAAUAAUCCAACUGUUAUCGUCGAUGUCUAUCCAAAUAAUCCAUUUCCUUCAUUGGUCCCACCAUAUAAUACAUCAAUCACCAUCCACAAUUUAUAUGGAGGACCAGUUCCCAAGGUUUUCAAUUCAACAACCCAACUUGAAUGCAAUUACAACAACCAAACCAAACAACUGACGUUCACCACUCCAAAAAUAACCUCCACGCCACCAGAAAGCAAGGGAGCUUUCAGAUUUACCUGGGGUGAAAAAAAUCUCUAUGCAACAUAUCCCUUCACCUACCAAUCCAUCACCAUAAAGGGAAAAGCAUUUAUCAAUGGUGAAAUGAUAGAUAAUCUAGAGGAUAUCGAAAUUGGACUCAAAGGUACAACUCUCAAAACAAAAACAAAUAGCAGUGGAAGCUAUUUGUUGUCUAUCCCAUUUGUACCUCAACCACCCUUGUAUAUUUCAGUGACAGAGUUGCCAGGAAAAUCGAUUCCAAAGAAAAUUGAUCAUUUGAUUUCUCUAGUAGAGGGACAACUCGAAGCCACUCUAAAUAUUGAAAUACAAAGACUCAAGUGUACUUUUAAUAAUAUUAAUUUUUUGGAAUUAUCCCAAACAACCUUUACAGCAAAAGAUACCAGAGGCAAUUCUUAUUUCUGGAAUAUUUGUGGACCUUCAUCCAUUUGCACCAAAAAUCUUGGUGGCACUCUAGGCAUUGGAGCUUGUCAAAAUUCCACCCAAUUUUAUAGAACUGGAGACUUGGUAGAUUCAACUUGGGCUCCAAAUUCCGAAGGACAAGGAGUUCAAUUAUCUUACAAAACAAAAGUAGGAGGAAAAGAAAACUGUUUGAAUGGAGGUAGAAACUCCACCAUCCACAUCACCUGUGGAAAAUCAAACUCAGCACAAACAGUCAAAGAAAAAGACAUGUGCAAUUAUCAUAUGUAUAUGACCUCUCCUCUUGUGUGUCCAGUUCCUGAAUGCCAAAUCGAUAUCCUGUACUCAGGACAAAGGUUAAAUCUCUCACCAUAUCACCAAAAAAUAUGGAGCAAAAAUGUUACCCUCUCUGGGACACCUUACAUGUUCUAUUGGACCCUGUGUGGGGCUAACAAUCAAUGCCCUAGCGGCUCAACAGCGUGCCAACUCACGACAACAAAUCAAUAUAUAGGUAUCGCAAAUACCCAAGCAACAUGGAAAUAUGUUGGCAACGAUUUAGUAGGGCGAUAUUCUGAACAAAGUACAACAGAUCCUUGUAAAACUGGUCCCAGAAUAACUAAAAUUUAUUUAACAUGUGGUCCUAUUGAUUCUAUUAUCUCAGUUACCGAACCCUCGACAUGCCUAUAUGAAAUCAGAAUGACAUCGAUACGUGCUUGCGAUCAAACGAGUAAUUGUCAAUUCCGAGGCUAUGACUAUUCUUCAUUGGCAUCAACUACACUUUAUCCUGAUCGAGUGACAUGGAAGAAUUUCUCGGUAAGUAUUUGUGGUGAAGCUCCUUGUAGGGAUCAGGCUGCUGUAUGCGAGUAUAUUCAAUAUCAAGAUCGAGAGAGAUGGGUUUCCGCUGGUUCACUUCGCUAUGGCAUUUGGUCAACGAAUAGUAAUGGUGUUAAUCAAAUAACCUAUUCAUCUGGCUCUAACGAAGGUUGUAUCAAACAAAGAAGUACCACCAUCCAGAUUGAAUGUGGCGAAAAAGCUAUCAUCAAAACGAUCACAGAGCGUUCCAGCUGCCAAUAUGAAAUUGUCGUUACUUCCCCAGUUGGAUGUUUCUAG